CAACAGAAGAACUAGAAACCUGUCGUGCCCUGUCAGAGCGUUUUUCCUCGUGGCAGAUUGGCCCAAGUCCGAAGCUCCCUGACUCAAAGAUCCCGACUAUCUGGCUGCGCCAACACAAGUAGAGCUAGCCUCCCCGUCAUGAAGAUCGAACUAGGAUGUAUCUAGUUAAGGCGCAAAUCAUUGCCGUAUUUUCCUGGUCACGCCGCUUGGGUAGUCUGUUACAGGAAUCCCCUUUUGUCUCCAUCUCCUGCACUCCACAUACGAAACUAUCCCGGUCUGGAUUGUUGUCCGGAGACUCGUGGCGAGUGAGUGGUGUUUUUACCAUGUUUGCAUAUAUAGUCAAUGGGGUGUUGCUCGCUCGCUCGGUUACGAGAGAGAGUCCACUCGCUGCACCCUGUUCUUCUUUCUUCUUCUCUGCCACACCCGUUCAACACCAUGGCGAUCGAGAGUCGGGCGACGCAGAUUGCUGCGAUCGCUUACACUUUUGUGGUCCUCUCGUCGAUUGCGACAUGCCUUCGAGUCUACUGUCGAGGAUGGGUUGUGAAGGCGUUUGGGGCGGAUGAUUGGCUUGCCCUCAUUGCUCAGUUUAUGUUUAUCGUCUUCUGUUCCUAUGAGAUCACUGGUGUCCGAUAUGGAACUGGACGUCACUUCAAGGACAUCGAACCGGAGAAUAUCCCCAGAGCAAUGCAGAUGUGGUGGACAUGCGAACCGACCUACGUCCUGACCAACAUGGCAAUCAAAGCCAGUAUUGCUAUCUUCCUGCUUCGAAUCUGUAUUACACGUACACACAAGAUUAUAAUCUGGACCAUCACUGGCAUCACAGAAAUCUACAGCUUAUUCUUCUUUCUGCUGUUCGUCCUGCAAUGCCGACCUACAUCACUCUUUUGGCUCCGAUAUACCAGCAACCCUCCUGGCGGUAGCUGCUUCGAUGCAUCGGUGGUUGCCAAGGCCUUCUAUGCUUACUCUGCUAUCAGCUGUUUGUCCGAUUGGACCUACAGUUUGCUUCCUAUCGCCUUGGUUUAUAAUCUUCAGAUGAGCAGAAGAACAAAGAUAUCUGUUGUCGGUAUUUUGGCUGCAGGUGCUAUUGCCUCGAGUGCAACCAUCAUCCGCUUCCCAUACCUCUACUCUCUCACCGACAUCGACGACUUCCUAUACUCUACAUCAGACGUUGCUAUCUGGUCAACUGUUGAGACUGGCCUUGGUAUCACUGCUUCAGCUUUCGCAACACUCCGACCUCUUCUUCGUAACUUCCUUGGUCACGGGUCAUCUGCCGAUGGACAGGGAAACUCAGCCAGACCUUGGCAGCGAACAGGUAGCAACCAUCCUACCGGAGGUUACCUUCGCAGCCACGGCCAGACCGGCGAGGAGGCUUUUGAUCUCCACGACAAUGCUGGCAAGCGUAUUGGAGUUACUACCAUCAUCGACCAUGACGACAAGUCAGACGGCAAUGUUGAGACGGGGGAAAAUGGAAGCAGAUCAGAAGCUUCUGACUCUGUCGCUGAGCUCCAUGGCUGGAACAGCAGCCAGUCAGAUUUGGCUGACGCAAAUGGUCAACCACGUGCCCAAAAAGGAUGGAAUGUGUUGGUCAAGAAGACUGUUGUCCAAACUCGAGGCUCAGACCUUGCAUGAGCCUGACUUGGUCAUGUCAUAAAAUGUUAGAGUAGAUGUAAUUACGAGGCGGGGGAAAAAACUUGUUUUUCUGUCCCACGAUACCCUUAGCGCUUCCCUUUAGCGGGUUGUCAAUGAUAAUACGUUUUAAUAUUCA